CUCUUAAGUCACAAAGUCGCAGGAGGGUGGGCAUCCUUUUGACAGGGCUCCCGGGAAUAGAACCAUACCACUCUCCCUGAUGAUCUCAGCAAGUAGCUGCUUCUCCCAGACAGAGUUGGGGUCAAAUCCACGCAUGUCCUCUUCCCACCAAAGCCCACUCUCUCCAGGCUUGCUGGGGAGGAAGAAUAACUACAGCCCCCCUGGGAUUUGUCUGUGUGAGGGCAGGGUGCACGAAGUUUGAGGCAGAAGUGAAUGGACGGAUGUGCUUCUUAGGGAAGCAGCAGAAAGGUGACAAGAAGUGGACAGUGGCCCCCGAGAGGGCCCUGGCGCCAUGGACAAUGAUGAACCUCUUGAGCCUGAGACAAAAGAUGAACCUGAAACCGAGCCAGCAGCACGGAACAGUGACGAGACCUUCUACUGUGAGGCUGAGGCCUCUGUGGCUGUAGAAAAAGAGAAGCCAGGCGGGGAGAGCUCAGAAACAGACCUGGAGAUCGAAGAUACGGAGAAACUUUUCACCACCGGACAAAGGGAGCUGUACCUGGAGGCCUGCAAACUGGUGGGUGUAGUGCCCGUCUCCUACUUUAUCCGGAACAUGGAGGAGUCCUACAUGAACCUCAACCACCAUGGGCUGGGACCCAGUGGUACCAAGGCUAUUGCCAUAGCCCUGGUGUCCAACACGAGUGUUGUCACCCUGGAGCUGGCAGACAACUGUAUCAUGGAGGAGGGCACCUUGAGCCUGGUGCAGAUGCUGCAAGAGAACUACUACCUGCAAGACUUGAAUAUUUCCAACAAUGAUCUUGGCUUGAAGGGGGCCAGCACCAUCUCAGAAUUUCUUCAGAGAAAUACCUCUUCGCUCUUGAACCUCCAGCUUUCAGGAAAUAACUUCAAGGACGAAUCCGCAGAGCUGUUCUGCCAAGCCUUCUCGGCCAAUUACCGAAUUAAGACACUGGAUCUCAGCCACAACGAGUUCUCUGAUAAGGGAGGAGAACACCUGGGGCAGAUGCUGGCCCUCAAUAUAGGACUCCAGUCACUGGAUCUGAGCUGGAAUCAGUUCCACACACGGGGAGCUGUGGCCUUGUGCAAUGGUCUCCGGGCUAAUGUAACCCUGCAGAAACUGGAUCUCUCUAUGAACGGCUUUGGGAACGAGGGGGCUACGGCCCUGGGAGAGGUCCUCAGGCUCAACAACUCCCUGGUCUACAUAGACGUCAGCAGCAAUGACAUCAGCAACGAAGGAGUCAUCAAAAUCAGCAAAGGACUGGAGUUCAAUGAGAGCCUCAAAGUUCUGAAGCUUUUCCUGAACCCUGUGAGUAUGGAUGGGGCUACGUUACUUAUCCUGUCCAUCAAGAGGAACCCCAAAUCCAAGAUGGAGGAGAUUGACAUUUCUAAUGUGCUGGUGUCUGAGCAGUUCGUAAAAAUAUUGGAUGGGGUGUGUGCCAUCCACCCCCAGCUGGACGUGACGUACAAGGCAGUGCAAGGCUUCUCUGCCAAGAAAGAGCUGCUCUUGUGGACAAACCCCAUGAAACUGAUCCAGAGCUAUGCAGACCAGCACCAAAUCACGGUCAUAGACUUCUUCAAGAGCUUGAACCCUAAUGGAAAAAUGAUGAUGUCUGUGGGUGACUUCCGGAAAGCUAUGAUACAGCAGGACAAGGUCCCUAUGAACCUGUACCAAGUCAGGGAGCUGAUAAAGAAGCUGGCUGAGAAGACAGGCAUGGUGAACUUCAGUUUCCUAAAAACAGAGAAGCGGUAAGCAACAAGUCUGGUCUGAAAAGAAGUCGCCGCGACGGAGAGGUCCUGGCAAGUCGAUUGGUGGCAUUCAGGAGGCGAAGAUCUGUUCUGAAACCUCCGUAGACAAACACCAAGGCCAGACUGCGAGCGAGCCAAUAAAGUCUGCCUGGGUCCCCAUGUCUCUGGGCUGCAGGUGGCGUGCCCCCGCCCCCCCCCCCCCCCCCCCCCCCCGCAACUGGAGCAGCGCCUUUGGUUUUGGCGACCAGCAGGGGGCGCAUCCUUGAUGGCCUUAGUAGGAGCCUGAAGACAAAUUGGGAAUGCAAUGGCGUUGCUAGGCAGCAGGAAAAGAGCAGUGGGGGGGGGGGGGGGGGGUGUUGGAGAUCAGUGCACAAAGGCAGUCAUCCUAGUAAAUGUAAACUGUAUCCAGGAGAGAGAUUUUGGAGACGCGGGAGGCAGUGGAGAGGGAGCAGAUGCUCAGGAACAAGGACGUGGGGCGGGGGGGGGGGGGGGGGGGGGGGUGCUGCUUUAGAAGCAAAUGCUGAGGGGUCAUGUGGAGAGAGCCCAGGAUGGGAGACAGAGAGACCUGGCAUGUAGUCAUAGCCCGGCGCCACCUCGCCACCUGAGCGUGGAGCCUUACACUUCCAUCGGAAAAAAGUAGGACAGCCGAAAUUAAGGCUUCCCAAUCUGUUCUGGGAAUCUACUGUUCUACAUUUCUUUUUAAAAUUCCUUGGAAGCUAAGGAGACACGAAUUGCUGAGCACAAGAGCAGGGAUAGUCAAGAACAGCAUGCGCUGAGCAGGUGCGGGGAUGGGUAACUGGCGGGUUCUGAUUAGCCCCGCCAGUCGUCUCUGUGGAUGCACAAGGGCAGGGACUGAAUCACGCAUCUCUGUACCACCGCACAGUGCCUGACACAUAGGAGAUGCUCAAUAAAGACCUAUGAGGUGAACAAACACAUUCACCUGGCAAUUUUGGGGGGCAAGUGGUGGAAAAGUGGGAAAGUUUGGGGGUGACCAGGAACCAACCCUUUAGAGCCCUGAUGUGUGACGCAUGCUGAAACGGCAUCUCGGAAUCCAGUCACUGCCUUUGGCUUUCCCUUUGCUUCACCAGGGCUGGAGCGGAGGCUGAGGCCUCUCUGCCCAUGUGGCAGAAUCAUUAUUUGAAAUAAUUUAUACCCCCUCCCCGCAGUGCAUUUUCCCCUUUCCCUUCCUUAUUCAAGGUCUUAGCCUGAAGUUGAAUUUCCAUUAAUUGGGUGACAGAGGGGCUCAGAGUCAAAAUUAGGAUAAUAAGAGAAAAUAAAGAAAUGCACUAAGGGGUUCGUGGGCUGAAACUCACAUCUCUCAUACUUGUCAGGGUAUGUAGAUGUCUUUGACUCCACAAAUAAAUCGAAUCCCCUUAAAAUCAGGAGCCGUGUCAUUUAGGUUUAUUGUAAUCUAUAAAUUUCCCCCCACCAAGUCUCUUGUCCAAUAGCUGCUGGUGUCUGGGUGGAACCCUGAGGAUUAUGAAGCCAGGGAGUAUCAAAAAUUGUGGACUAUGUUAUGGAUCAAUAAAAACAGCAAAGUUUUCUCCAGAUGCUUUUAAUGUAUCUCUUGCAUAAAAAUGAAAGGCAGCAAUUUUCUGAUCAAAUGUUAUGUUUUGUUUGGGUAGCUUUGAGAAAAUUAUGGAGAUAUAGGGAAGCUAAAAUCCACCCCCUCGCCCCCAAUCCUCCAGGCCAACCCUCAACAUUACCAAUCCCAAGAAAGUGAAGGACGACAGAGUCAAAACCUGCCUGCAACAGUCUGGGAACCUUCCCAAAGUUGGAGUAAUUCUGACUAGUGGCCACUAGGUGUCAGGUCAGCUUCAAAUUCCUGGUGAACACACCGCUUCCAGAUCCUUACAGAAAGCUUUGCAGCCUUUGUACUUUCUGUGAUCUCCCAAACUUCUGCCCACCACCCCCCAAAAGCCCGACACAUGAAAUCUGAGCCCGGGAGUGUCCAGCAGCCUGACACUUGGGCAAACCUCUCCAA